GGCGUGGCCAGCGGCUGGAAUGCUCCCGGGGAGGCGAAGGCGGCGCGUGCGCGUCACUGCAACCAGGGGCCGGGGCCGGGGCCGGAGCCGGAGCCGGGGGCGGCCGGGGGGGCCGCUCGGUGCCUGCGGAGCCAGCCAGCGCCCGGGCCCCGGCGGCGGCGCCAUGAACAAGCUACGGCAGAGCCUGCGGCGGAAGAAGCCGGCCUACGUGCCCGAGGCCAGCCGGCCCCACCAGUGGCAGGCCGACGAGGAGGCUGUGCGCCGGGGCAAGUGCAGCUUCCCCGUGCGGUACCUGGGCCAUGCGGAGGUGGAGGAGUCCCGGGGGAUGCACGUGUGCGAAGAGGCUGUGAAGAAGCUGAAAACGAGCGGGCGCAAGUCGGUGAAGUCGGUUCUGUGGGUGUCGGCCGACGGGCUGCGGGUCGUGGACGACAAAACAAAGGAUCUCAUCGUCGACCAGACCAUCGAGAAGGUUUCGUUCUGCGCCCCCGACCGCAACUUCGACAAGGCCUUUUCCUACAUCUGCCGCGACGGCACCACGCGCCGCUGGAUCUGCCAUUGCUUCCUGGCCCUCAAGGACUCGGUGCGUGGCCCCCGGGCGUGUGCCCGCCUCGCACCCUCGCCCACGUUGCCGGAGCUGGAGUCGACCCCGACCGGUGACAGCGACGGGAUCAGCGCCCUCUGCAGCCAGAUCGACGCCUCCUUCGCUCGCCCGCCCGCCGACCCCUUCAGCCCCACGGCCGCCGACGGCACCGCCUCCCCCCCAGCAGGGCUCCCCCAAGGGCCGGACGCCUGGGGAGAGCCUGGGGCGGGGGCCCCUUCGCAGGCCCCCCCGUUCCAGCCCGGACACAAGAGGACCCCAUCGGAGGCCGAGCGCUGGCUGGAGGAGGUGGCCCAGACGGCCAAGGCGCAGCAGGUGGCCGUGCCCGCAGCCCUGCCUGCCACGCUGCCCCCCUACCCCAUGAGCUACGACGCCGCGCCCGCCCCCGUGGGCAUGUUCCUGCCGCCCCACAUGCAGCCGGCCUACGUGCCCGUGGGGGCCUACCCGCCGGCCGGGCCCUUCGCAGCCCCCAGCGUCCCCGUGGUGGGCAUCACCCCCUCCCAGAUGGUGGCCAACGUCUUCUGCUCCGCCGCCCAGCUGCCGCCCUCGAACUUGGGGGGCAAGGCCAGCCCCUUCCCCCCUGCUCUGCUGGGCCCCGCGCUGCCCCCUCCCCCCCAGGCCCGACCCAAGUCCGGCAGCGCUGCCCCCUGGCCCCCGGAGUCGGGCCAGCCGGGGGCCGUGGCCCCCCCGCUCGCCACCGCCCGCCCCGGGCCCAAGCCGGACCCCUUUGAGGCUCAGUGGGCGGCGCUGGGGGCCAAGCCCCCCGGGGGGGCCGACCCGGUGAACCCCUUUGCCGGAGACCUGCAGAAAACCUUUGAGAUCGAGCUGUGAGCUGGGGGGGAGCGACUGGGGGUCCCUGAGCCCCCCACUACGGAACGGACUGUGGGGCCAGGUAGAGGUGGGGGAUGUAUGGAGACCCCCCAACCCCAGCGGGACGUGGGUCACCACCUCCUUGUCAAACGGGGGGACAGGCUGGGGAGGGGCCCCCAGGGCUGCUGCCCCCCCCCCCCAGCAUCAGCUUUGGGGCUUUGCCUGGGGGCCGAUGGGGGGACUGAGCGUGGGUCCCGGUCACUGGAGGUGGGACUGGGGGAAUGUGGGGGUGAGGAACCUCCCCCCCGGUGAUGAAAUGGUUAACGGGUCCCUGGCUGGCUGCAAACGGGGAGGGACCCUGGGCUGGAUGUGGGGGGGGGCACCCUCCAGAUCCAGGGGUGAUCAGGGCUAACCCUCCCCCCCAGUCUAAUGGUCAGGCCUGCGUCCCUGGGGGGAGGGUUGGGGGCAGGUUCUGGGGGGCUGAGCAGAGGGAAAAUGGGGGGGCUGGACCUGGAUUGCUCUCCUGCACGGAGCUGCUGGGGGGGGGCGAUUGGUUCUGGCCUUUUCACCCUAUAGCGGGAGUGGGGGUGUCACGGGGCACCAGCGCCUCCUGCUGGGGGGCGCUGUGCCCCCCCCGGGUCCCGCAGCAUAGCCCAGAUGGAGAGUCUGGGGGGAGGGGCGGUGCCAACCCAUGGGAA